UCACACGUAACUAAAGAGACACGUGCCGAAUACGAGUCAUGGAGAAACAGUCACCAAUAUGAGAAAAAUAACGACUUUCAUUCAUGGUGGGAGAAUUACGGUGGCCGACAGUGGUGGCAGAGUAACAAUAUGAAUUCGAACACGAAUGGCGGACAGUUCAGUAUAAACAUAAAUGGAGAACAGAUUAACAUAAACGCCGACGGACAGAUUAGUACAAACAUCUAUAAUGCGGGUGGUGGUGGCAACGGCGGAGGUGGUGGUAGCCAUGGGGGCGGUGGCGGCGGUACAUGGGAAUAUCAAAACUCGUGGGGCAACGGUAACUCAUGGGGCACUAGUUGGGGCAAUCAAUGGGGCCAGGCGCAGGCACAGGCGCAGGCACAGACCGUUAUUAAUGGACCACAGUUUAAUCACGAUGAAAUCGGGUCACAAAGCAAUGUGUUCAAUUACUUCGACAAGAAACUCCGUGCGGUAUUGGCUAAAAAGAAGCUUUCAAGCAUCUCAAAGUUAAGCGGUUCGAUUACGCCUACGCAAAAAGAUGAAGCUUUAAAGAUGCUGGCAUUAGUAACGUCGUCGGAAGUCGUCAACCAAGCUAAAAAAUUGACAGCUCCAUUAAGUAAUGUCGUACAAAGUGGAGUAACAUACAAAUCGAAGAAGAAGUUGUGUAUGUUCUCUCCCAAUAAGGAGUAUUGUGUGGAACAGCAGAAGGGACUGUAGAAAGUUCCGAUUGAUUAUGGAUUUGUGCUAUUUUAUUUAAUAUAAAAUAUGAAUAAACAUUUUUGGGCGAUA